GCCCAGUGUAGUGGCCGCUGCCAAAUGCAGAUCAAAGCUCAUUGAAAUGGCGUCAGUCACAGUCCGUGGCUGGGCUCUGUGCACCGUGUCACUGCUAAACUUUGCGUUUGUUUUCAUCACAGGCGCGGAAUUCAUUAACUUUAUUUCUUUUCGUGCCAUUUAUCAUAACAUCACUGGGGAGACGACACUGUGUCAAGACUCCAUCCCGUGGUCGGCGGCUCUGCAGAACAGCUCCGUCCUCAGGUGUGUUGUUGUCGAUCUGGGGCUGCUCGCUCUCUUUACUGCACAGCACAGUCUGCUGGCCUGGUCACCGGUCAAACAGGCCUGUCAGUCGGUGUUCGGGGCUUUGAACAGGACCGCAUACUGCUUCACCACCGCACUGGCCCUGCAGAUUCUGAUGCGAUGCUGGCAGCCGGUGACAGACGCUCCCUGUCUGUGGUCGGUUCGUCAGACUCCCUGGAGCAUCUGGUUUCCUCUGCUCUGUUUCUCUCUGCAUUUCCUCUGCUGGGCCAUCAUCUUCAGUAUCCUCAUGAUGUUCGAUUACCCUGAACUCAUGGGCAUCAAACAGGUUUAUUAUGACUGCCUGGGUUUGGGAGACCCUCUGUCCCAUAAGAGUCCUGGUGCCCAGCGUCUCCUGUCCCACCUCCGUCACCCGGUGUGUCUGGAGUUGAUGGUGGUUCUGUGGUUCCUCCCGGCCUUGUCCCUGGACCGGCUCCUGCUGGGGGGGGCUCUGUCGGUCUACCUGGCCCUGGCUCACUCACUGGACAAACAGGACUUGGCGUAUCUGUGUCACCAGGUGAACAGCGACAUGCAGCGCUUUGCAGAACCACCGGCAAAAGACCAGCAGAAAAACAGCAACCACAGAGGGGAGUGAAGGGCAGUCACACUGGACCAGCACCGGGUCCACCAGGGAUCGUAUCUGCACCAGCACCAGGGAUCAUAUCUGCUGGGCCGAAGCAGAAGAACACUUGAAAUACAACAACUCAGCAUUAUUUGUAAGAUGUUCUUAUGACAUUGGUUUUAGUUUGGGAAACAGAAGAGAAAUAACAGAGAUUGGAAAACACUGGCACACUUUACUAUGAAGCAUGUUACAGUGGGUACAUUUGUUUUAACACAGUAACUAUUGUUUUUAGGAUGCCUUAUACCAGGGGUGUCAAACUCAUUUUAGUUCAGGGGCCACAUUCAGCCCAAUUUGAUGUCAAGCGGGCCAAACCAUUAAAAUAGUAGCAUAAAAACCUAUAAAU